AUGACUAAACAGGACAAGUCAACGGAAGGAAAUGAUGGCAGUGAUGACAAUGAAGAAGGCAGUGCAGUUGAGAAUGAAGAAAAUGCCAAAGGAACAGAUAAAGGGAGGAAGAGAGCAACACCAAGAACCAGAAGAGCACAUGCCAGAGGGAGAGACAGGCAUGGUGAUGAGGACGAUGAGGAUGAUGAAGAUGGGAUGAGGAGAGCUGGGCAUCGCAGGCACAGAAACCGUAGACGAGGACGAGCAGCUGGAAAUGAGGCCAGUGAUUCUGACAUGGAACCUGCAAAAGUCAGGAAGAAUCAAGCAAAUAAGAAAUCCAAGGAAGAUGAUGAAGAAGAUGAAGAUGAGAAAGGGGGUAAAAGUGGGAAAGGUAAAAAUGAGAAGAAGGGGGACAAAAAGUCUGAUAAAAAAGGGAAAAAAGAGAAGGCCAACAAGAAGAAAAAAGACAAAAAGAAAUCAGGAUCAGGCUCUGAUUCUGAAUCUGAGGAGGAGCCAAUUACAGAGGAGGAAUUGGCCAAGCUGAAAGAAGAGGUUGAAGAAAAAAAGAAACUGAUUGCCACACUACGAAACAAGCCAUGGAAGAUGAAAAAGAAGUUGUCUGUCCUGAAGGAAGCACAGCUUUUUGUUGAGAAGUUUGAAGGUGCUCUUGGAAAAGGAAAAGGAAAAAAAUUCUAUGCAUACAAAGUGAUGAUGACCAAGAAAUGGAUGAAAUUUCAAAGAGAUUUUGAAAAUUUUAAGACAGCCUGCAUACCCUGGGAAAUGAAAAUUAAGGAGAUUGAAAGUCACUUUGGCUCAUCAGUAGCAUCUUAUUUCAUAUUCUUGCGUUGGAUGUAUGGAAUAAAUAUGAUUCUCUUUGGAUUGACCUUUGGUCUUGUAAUGGUGCCUGAGGCUUUGAUGGGUAAGCCAUAUGGCUCUUUGCCUAGAAAAACUGUCCCAAGAGCUGAAGAAGCAACUGCUAUGAAUUUUGCUACCCUCUGGGAUUUUAGUGGCUUUGCACAGUAUUCUGUACUCUUUUAUGGUUAUUACAAUAACCAGAGGACAAUUGGGUGGCUCAAGUUCAGGAUGCCUCUUUCAUAUUUCCUUGUUGGAGUUGGGUCUAUUGGCUAUAGCUUUAUGAUUGUCACUCGAACAAUGGCAAAGAAUGCAAAUGACGAUGGUGGCGGGGAUGACACUAGUUUUAAUUUCAGCUGGAAAAUGUUUACAAGCUGGGACUACCUGAUUGGCAAUCCUGAGACUGCAGAUAAUAAGUUUGCCUCCAUCACAACAAGCUUUAAGGAAGCAAUUGUGGAGGAGCAGGAGAGCCGAAAAGAAGAAAAUAUUCAUUUGACUCGAUUCCUAAGGGUUCUUGCUAACUUCUUAGCCCUAUGCACACUUGCUGGAAGUGGCUACCUCAUCUUUUUUGUUGUCAGAAGAUCCCAGCAAUUUGCCUUGGAAGGUCUGGAGAACUACGGGUGGUGGGAAAGAAAUGAAGUGAACACGGUUAUGUCACUUUUAGGAAUGUUCUGUCCAACUUUAUUUGAUGUUAUAAGUUCUCUGGAAAAUUACCACCCUCGAAUAGCUCUAAGAUGGCAGCUGGGAAGAAUCUUUGCUCUUUUCCUUGGCAAUCUCUACACUUUCAUUAUUGCCCUAAUGGAUGAAAUCAACCUCAAGUUGGAAGAAGAAAAGAUAGUAAAAUAUAACAUGACAAUAUGGGAAGCCAGUCUGUACAAUGGUACUGUUCCAGAGAAUUCAACUGCUCCUCCAAUACAGGUGGAUCCUGCUGAUGUCCCCAGAGGACCAUGUUGGGAAACAAUGGUAGGACAGGAAUUUGUGCGCCUGACAGUCUCUGACAUGAUGACAACAUACAUCACAAUUCUAAUUGGUGAUUUUUUGAGAGCCGUCUUUGUUAGGUUCUUCAAUUAUUGCUGGUGCUGGGAUUUGGAGUACGGAUUUCCAUCAUAUUCUGAGUUUGAUAUAAGUGGGAAUGUGUUGGGACUGAUCUUUAACCAAGGCAUGAUCUGGAUGGGAUCUUUUUAUGCUCCAUGUCUCCCAGCAAUCAAUGUGUUCCGCCUCCACACAUCGAUGUAUCUGCAGUGCUGGGCAGUGAUGUGCUGCAAUGUCCCCCAAGAGCGAGUCUUCAAGGCUUCCAGAUCCAAUAACUUCUACAUGGCCAUGCUGCUUUUCAUCCUUUUUCUCUCCACACUGCCUGCUGUGUACACUAUUGUCUCCAUCCCACCAUCUUUUGACUGUGGUCCUUUCAGUGGGAAGACUAGAAUGUUUGAAGUCAUAUCAGAAACUCUGGAGCACGACUUUCCUUCCUGGUUUGGGAAGGUAUUUGGUUAUGCCUCUAACCCUGGACUUAUCCUACCCUUUAUAUUGCUGAUGGUCCUGAGCAUUUACUAUCUCAACGCAACAUCCAAAUCCUACAAGGAAGCUAACUUGGAACUUAAAAAGAAGUUACAAAGUCAAGCAGAAGAAAAUAAAAGAAGAAAUAAACAAAAGGCACAAAAAUCAAAUGAACAAGAGGAAAAUCCAUUUGAGACAGAACCGCCACCAGCAAAGCCUAAAGGAGACAAGCAAGAUGAAUCCACUCCAAACAAAGACAGCAAGAAAGGACAGGAUGGCGAUGGAUCAAAGAAGACAGGCCAGCCUCAAGAAGCCAGCUCCUCUCAGACGCUCCAGCAUCCUGGCCCUGUCCUGAAUGGCCACUAUCCUCCACAGAGCCGAGGAGGAAACCUUCUUCCACCAUCCAUAGCUGUGACAAGGCCCCCGGGGCCCAGGAGGCCUGGAGUGCCAGGCUAUCCACCUGGAAAUCCAUGCCUCCCAGCGAUGCAGCCAGGAAUGCCCAGGGGCCCUCCUAUGUACAGAUAA